AUGUCUUCUCUCGUGAACAAUAGAGAAGAAGCACGACCAGUCGGCACAACCACAUAUUUCUUGGGGAUAGUGAAACAAGUCUUAUCGGGAGAUACUAUUGUAAUACGUGACAGACCCAUAAAUGGUCCUCCUCCAGAACGAACCAUUAUUUUGUCCAAUAUAUCAUGUGGUCGCGUUGCUCGUAAGCCGUCGACGGGAAUUCCCACUGGAACACCAGAAGAUCCGUUUGCUUGGGAGGCCAGAGAGUUUGUUCGUACUCUUUUAGUUGGUAAAGAAGUUUGCUAUUCUGUCGAAACAGAACAGCCAUCUGGUCGCAAAUAUGGAUGUGUGUAUGUUGGGAAAAAUAUCAGUGGAGAAAAUGUUGCUUUGUCCUUAGUGGAACAAGGCUUAGCUGAAGUGAGAAAGCUAAAUCCGACAAUAGCUGCCAAAAAUAAAAUUUACCAGCAACUAGUAACCGCUCAAGAACAGGCAAAGUCACUUGGUAAGGGUCGUUGGUCUCCCAAUCUCCCUGUUACAAGAGACAUCCUUUGGUCAGUCGAGAAUACUCGCAGCUUCUUUGAGAGCUACAAAAACCGACCACUUAAAGCUGUUGUCGAAAAUGUUCGAGAUGGUUGUUCUGUACAAGUCUUCAUUCUACCUGAAUCCCUUAAUGAAAAGCCAAAUACAUUUGUAUACGUUACUGUCACAAUGUCAGGAAUUAAAUCGCCAUCGAUACGUUAUGAGGAUGGAAAAAUUGUUCCCGACGCGUGGGGUCUCGAUGCGCUAUUCUUUACCGAAUCCAGACUGCUACAGAGAGACGUUACUAUACUGUUGGAAUCCGUAUUUAAUCAAACUUUCGUCGGAAGCAUCCUCCACCCAAAUGGAAAUAUAGCUGAGUUGUUGCUGCGUCAUGGUCUUGCUCACUGUAUUGAUUGGAAUCUAAACUUAGUAAGCGUCCCAGGUGCUGCCGAAGCCUAUAAAAUAGCUGAAAGACUUGCGAAAGAAAAGCGACUACGCGUGUUUGAAAACUACCAGCCCACACAAACAACGGAAGUACAUGCAGACAGUCUUCAAACAGUUGUUCCAGGGAAAAUAUUCAGUGGAAUUAUAUGUGAAGUCGGAAACGGUGAUAACCAUAAGAGCUCCACGACCACAGACCACAGCAAGGAAGACGAUUCUUCUGUCCAACGUGGUCGUAUUCGUCCGCUUUACGACAUACCUUAUGUGUUUGAAGCUAGAGAGGUACUUCGCCAGUUCGUCGGAAAACAAGUAACUGUUCAAGUUGAUUACAUUCAACCGAAGACAUCUAAUACUGUUGACGAACGUGUUUGUGCUACAGUGCGAGCUGAUGAUGUCAACCUUGCAUUGACCCUAGUUUCAAAAGGUCUGGCCUCUGUAGUGCGUUAUCGAAACGCUAAUGAUUCUCGUUCUGUAUUUUACGGUGAACUUCUUGCGGCAGAAGAAAAUGCGCAGUCUAAGGGACUCGGAAUGUAUAGCAAACAAGAUCCCCCGAUUCAUCGUGUUGUCGAUCUCACAGGGAAUGUAGCUAAAUCUAGACAGUUUUUAUCUUUUCUACAACGUGCUGAGCGAUUGGACGGUGUGGUAGAGUUUGUAUUUAGUGCAAGCAGAUUCCGUAUUUAUAUACCUCGAGAGACAUGCGUAAUCACACUGUUGCUUGGAGGUAUACAGUGUCCACGCCGGGGAAGAGUGGGUCCAGAUGGUGUCGCUUUACCCGAUAUGCCAUUCAGUAACGAGGCUACACAAACAAUUGAUAGAGUAGGGAAUUUCGUUGGCUAUCUUUUCGUGGACAUUCCUGCUCUGUCUAACAAUGGACCAGAUAUUAACAAGUCAGGCAAGAAAAAGAAAAAAAAGGUUGCCGAAACUACUGUUAAACAAAAAACAAAUCUAACUGUCUUACUAAUAUCUCAAGGUUUCGGUACUGUUCAUCGGGCUCCCACAACCGAACGAUCACCUCACUAUCACGAUAUGAUAAAAGCAGAAGAAGAUGCCAAAAUCAAUCGGUGUGGUCUGUGGUCAUCCGAUCAGUUCGUAAAGGAAUGGGAAGCCGAAGUCCAAAAUAAUUCAGAUCCCACUGCUUUGAGCGGUGCAGAGGACGGUAGUCUUAUUCCACUGACUGGUUUCUCAGAAUAUUUGGACGACUUAUCAGAACUACAACUUAAUGAAAAUAGUGAUUCGACAACUGUGAUCAAUAAUGAUAAUAUUAAGCAGUUAUCAUGGAAACCUGUUCAAAUAACCGGGAUCUCCAGACCUGCUUCUGGUAGUCAGGGUCUUCGAUUCUUCGCUCAACACUUAUCAGAUGCGUGCACCCUGGUCAAGAUUAGUCAAAUGUUGAAUAGCCAAUCAUUUCCUUCAUUCCCAUCAGAAUACUACCCUAAAAAAGGUAGUCUGUGUAUUGCAUGUUUCAGUUUAGAUAAUUGCUGGUACCGAGCACGUGUUAUUCGUAGUUCACCCAAAUCUGUUACAGUUCAGUUUAUUGACUUUGGUAAUGAAGAAGUAAUCGAUUCAGCUGAGUAUUCAUCACGUCUUUCUCCUCUUCCAUCUGGCCCACUAAUGCAACUUCCACCACAAAUGAAAGAGUAUCGUUUGGCAUUUGUUCAACUUCCUCCCGAUGCUUCCGAUCGUGUGUUUGCGGAGCGUGCUUUCUGCGACCUCGUUGAAAACAAAGAAUUGAGACUUGCUGUUCAGUACGAAUCAGUACCGUGUGGAAACGAAUCACUGAAACCUGUCCCAGCAGUGACACUAUUGCUACCAGUUGCAGAUCUUAAAACAUCUGGGUCAUCUGUCUGUCCAAACGACAUAGACAUCAGUGAGUCACUGUUGUCUAAUGGUUUGGUCUGUGUUGAACCUAUCCAGCCUCAGCUUCUUAAACGACUACCACGCAAUCUGCUCCACAAGUAUCUAGAUGCGCAAGCACUAGCAAAAAAAGAACGUAAAAACAUUUGGCGAUAUGGUGACUUUCGUGCAGAUGUGGAACAGCUGUGA